UUUAAAUUUCAACCGAGGAAAUGAAUGAACUGUUUCACGUUUUUGCCUUUUAAUCAGUACUUUAAUGAUUUAUGAUGAAAAUAUUGGGUCUUCGUAGUGCUUUGAGAGAGGUCGAAUCAAAUGAAUUGCCGCCAUUUGAUCUGUUAGCAGUGAGUUUCGAUCUGUGUUCUAGUAACUUGGUAAUUAUCAUCACUAAGGACCAAUUGUUUGUACGAAAAUUUUCAACAAACCCAAGUCCUUCCAAUAGACCAAAAUUAACCGAUGUUCCAUUCAGCCUAUCAGAUUUUCGAUUACAGGUCGUCUAUCCGACUGUCAAACUGAAUUGUGAUUGGCUAACAAAAUUCGGGCAUAGGGUUCUUCUGACAAGAGGGAAUCUCCCGAAAUGACUUAACAUGGAACUAAUUCGACCACGGUAAAGCUGCUUGCGUUUCAGUUUGACUAACAGUUUUCAAUCAAUUCUGUCAUACGUAAAACAUUAUCCUAAUAGAUUUCAGCUAUUUUGGACCUUAUUUGCAAUUCAAUUGUCUGAAGUAAAUUUUUAAAACAUCACUAAGCAACCGCUUAUAUGAUGAGAGACAGAGCUUAAGACUGUUUUGGUACCGUUUUCACUUGAGUUGAUUUUCUCAAAGAGCUUAUUUACGACUGCAAUGCAACUAUUCUACUUAUUUCCCCAGCAGCUUUAAACGAUCACAAAAACAAAAUUCGUCUAUUGUACUUUUUUUCUACAAAACGGGCAAUUUCCACAAUGUGAUGAGAAUAGCCUGAGACUGAGGAAUACAAUUGAAGUAAAUGAUCCGCUCAAUUUUUGUAGCUAGCCUACCGAACCUUUAUGUGGCUCUGUAGUUGCUAUCCACCAUAAUUGAUGAAUGCCCUUAAUUACCCCCAUUCCCGGUGACUUAAUAUGACAUCUCAUAAAAGCCAACUUCAUAAUCCAAUGGUUCGACAAUUGAUAAUCAGCUUUUCACUAAGAAAAAAUUCGCUUCGAAACUUGACGGAAACUUCAAAACUAUUCAAUACCUUAAAAAUCUUAAACGAACGAGCUUCCCUAAAAUUAGUGGACAAAAAUUAAACUUCCUUCAACCUCUUAAUUUCAAAGCCAUUCUGAAAACAACUUCUUUGACUCGAUAUUUCGUGAGACUAAUAUUUCCUCAAUAUUUCUUUCAUUCAGACAUCCUAACUUCAGACGUGUACCUUUCAAUGGCACGAGAUGGAUUAUUUGAGUCCUAUAUUUACACAUUCAGCCAAUCGACCAUUCUUUACUGUGAUUCCGAUCCCAAGCCAGAAGCAGCUCCAACUUCUAUGAGGAAGACACGCAGCUCCAAUAAUAUCAAUAACGCCGACUUGGUCCGAUUUGCUAUUCACUCGAAUGACAAACUUGACGAACAGAGAAAUAGUUCUAUUAAUCAAACAGCUGACAAAGACUUGUCGCAUCACACCGAUAUUGUUUACAAUCCAAGAAGGCGAGGUCACGAUGCUCAUUUGAGUAGAGCUAUCACUAGUUCAAACAGCUCCAUUACAAGUCAUUACGCGAAUAAAAUCUUUGAAAUUACGUGCAUCAUCGUUAUGAUUUCUUGCUUCGCUAUUCUUAUUCUGUUUGCGUUUUUUGCCGGGAUUAAAGAGGUCAAUUCGAUGAUACACGUUGAAAAAGCGAUAACAGAUAGAGACUUGCAUUCAAACUCAUUCAAAGACGAAGAAUGCUCGAUCGAAAUAGUCGAAUCAAUACCUAAAAUACUUAAGUAUCCUCAAAACGCAGUAAAACACCCUGCAACUUACGAUGCAUGGAAUUCAAUUUUGGGGCUCAUAGACCAGAAAAAUGGCAAAAUAUCUUCAAUUUCAAAUCAAGAUAUCAAAAUAGCUUCGGCAUAUUGGACUCUUAGGUCGUCCGACGUCAAUCCGGUAAAUCAGACCAAGCCGAAUGCAGCCGAGGGCGAAACUAUUUUAGCCGAACUGAAGCGCAUCGCCCAAUCAGGAGGCGCUAAGUUGACAAUUGUGAACAGUUAUCCAGGGAGCAUUUCUCAAGGAAAUGACACUGAUGAGUUAGAAGCUGCAGGCGCAGAGUUGAGACUGUUAAACAUGCCUCAGUUGGUCGGAGCAGGAAUACUACACACUAAACUCCUAGUCAAUAACGCCACCAAGUCUUUGUACAUAGGCAGUGCUAACAUGGACUGGAGAUCUCUCACUUUAGUCAAAGAAAUGGGACUUCAUUUCUCCACCUGUCCGACUCUCACUAAUGACAUGUUGAAAAUAUUUACUUCUUAUUACAUUAUGGCAACACCGACAUCCGCACUUCCGAACAGUUGGCCCAAAGCAUUGGCGACACACAUUAACCAAUCAAACCCGUUGAAUAUCAAUUUACAAGGGAUAUAUAGUCAAGUAUACAUUUCAGUUUCGCCCCCAGAGUUCUUAACUGAAGGUCGCACUGGAGAUCUGGACGCCAUUUUAGACAUAAUGCAAAAAUCGAACAAGUUCAUAUAUAUAGCAGUGAUGGAUUAUGUUCCUGGAUUUUUAUACGAUCCCAGUUUCGAAUACUGGCCGACUAUUAAUAAUGAGAUCUUGAUCCGGUCUAUCAAUCACGACAUUGAAGUGAAAUUACUCGUCAGCAAAUGGCAGAGCACCCGCGACAUCGAAAUAACCUUCUUAAAAUCUUUGGACGAACUGCGCAACAUAUCUAAUGUACAAAUUAAGCUGUUCGAAUUCCCGAAACCGAUAGGACCUUACAUCGAAUACACCUUGGUUAAUCACAACAAGUACAUGGUGACCGAUAACUGUGGGUACAUUGGAACUAAUAACUGGAGCGCAGACUACUUCACCAAUACUGGCGGCAUCGGGAUUAUCGUGAAUCAAACCGAGGCGAUCCAACAGAACCCUUCCAUUUACAAUGACACAAUUCAAGAACAACUGCGUCAAGUGUUUUUACGCGACUGGAACUCCGAUUAUGCUUCGUUUCUUAGCGAUUAUUAACGCGAGAAUACCUCAUUGGCACGACAUCAUGCGCCUACUAUUGAACGCGAUUUAAGUCGCAAAAACUGAAUAUCUAGAUGAGUGGCGGAACUUAUUUCAUAUUAUUUCCUACAAUAUUAACCAACUUCUUGGUAAUUGACAACUUUUCACCUAA